GACCGUUCCCCGGUGACCAGAGAAGCUCGCCACACGCACAAGCGUGGUGAAUAGGAAAAAGCCCACGGCGGCGGCGGCGAAGAAGAAGAAGAAGAAGAUGCCGGCCAUGGCCUGCGGCGGCGUACGCGCGGGGCGGCCCGCCUUCCCCGCCCCUGGCCACGCCCCGCCGCCUCCCGUUCGCUUCCGGUUCCGGAGGCUUGUUCCGGCUCCUCCCGCGGCGGCGCGGCUAGGGCUCCGGCUGCCCGCUCCCAUGGCCUCCGCCGUCGGCUCGCCGGGGAGCUCCUCCGACUUCGCCAGGCGCAUGGAGCGCGCCUGGCUCAUCUCCCAGCAACCAAGACCUAUCCCAUGUUCAUCUUGUCAAUCUGCUGGGCACGUGGAGUGCAAGUGGUGUACCGGCACAGGCUUCUUUAUCCUUGGAAACAACAUGUUGUGUGAAGUACCCUCAAAAAACACGAAAUGUGUGAUAUGCUCAGGAAAGGGCUUCGCAACUUGUGCCGAUUGCAAAGGAACUGGGUUUCGUGCCAAGUGGCUUGAAGAUCCUCCUGUCAACAAAUGAGCAGAGGAAGUCUACCAUACUGUAAAAUUUUUACUAGUUAAAACUAAACAUGCUAAUUGUAUGUACGCCUGUCCAUAUUCCUCUGUAUGUACAACAAUACAAGUGAUUCUAUAAUAUUUUUGUCACUGCCUCAGCUAUUUCUUCACACUGAGAAGUCAUUACUUUUUUAUUGCAUCUUUUGUAUAAGAUACAAAAUUACAUAGAGAUAACUCCCCUCUCAUGUGUAGACUUUUGAUUCAACCAUUUGCAGACAUGCAGAAAAAAACAGGAUUCUCUUUCCUCUUUCUCAGCAUAAGAUAAUAAUGGUUAUGUAU